GCAGACGCCCAACAACUGAGCCACCCAGGCGCCCCUAAAUUUGGGUUUUUUAAAGGGUUACUCUGGCUGCGCGGUGCUGAGAACGGACCGUCUGGGGGCGCGGGUCGACAUAGGGGGCCGCUGACGAGAGGGGUCAGCGUGGAAGACGAGGGUGGGCGAGAAGCAGGUAGUGGCAGUGGGGAUCGAGGGGAAGGGACCCGUUCUAAGAAAGAUCAGUUAGAACCAGCAGGCUUGCUUAGGCAGGAUGGGCAGUCACUCUGGGGGAUGCGGCAGCUGGCAGGUGCAGGCACCCACCCUGUCCCCGGGUUGCCAGGCGGUCCCAUUCCGCAGGUGCUGGACGGAGAGAUGUACCCCCCUUCGGUGGAGGAGGCGGCUGUGUUGAUGCACUACCCGCGAGGCAUUCUGCCCCAGAGCCAGAUGGCCGUGGGCCAGGAGGUGUUUGGGCUGCUUCCCGGGCUCAUGCUCUAUGCCACACUCUGGCUUCGUGAGCACAACCGCGUGUGUGACCUGCUGCAGGCUGAGCACCCCACGUGGGGUGAUGAGCAACUCUUCCAGACGGCCCGCCUCAUCCUCAUCGGGGAGACCAUCAAGAUUGUGAUUGAGGAGUACGUGCAGCAGUUGAGCGGCUACUUCCUGCGGCUGAAGUUUGACCCGGAACUGCUGUUCAGCGCCCAGUUCCAGUACCGCAACCGCAUCGCCAUGGAGUUUAACCAACUCUACCACUGGCACCCACUCAUGCCCGACUCCUUCAAGGUGGGCUCCCAGGAGUACAGCUACAAGCAGUUCCUGUUCAACACCUCCAUGCUUGUGGACUACGGGGUCGAGGCCCUGGUGGACGCCUUCUCUCGCCAGAGCGCUGGCCGGAUUGGCGGGGGUAGAAACAUAGACCACCACGUCCUGCACGUGGCUGUGGAGGCCAUCAAGGAAUCCCGAGAGCUGCGGCUGCAGCCCUUCAAUGAGUACCGCAAGAGGUUUGGCAUGAGGCCCUACACGUCCUUCCAGGAGCUCACAGGGGAGAAGGAGAUCGCAGCCGAGUUGGAGGAGCUGUAUGGACACAUCGAUGCCUUGGAGUUCUACCCGGGGCUGCUUCUGGAGAAGUGCCAUCCAAACUCUAUCUUUGGGGAGAGUAUGAUAGAAAUUGGGGCUCCCUUUUCCCUCAAGGGCCUCCUAGGGAAUCCCAUCUGCUCUCCAGAGUACUGGAAGCCGAGCACAUUCGGUGGUGAGAUGGGCUUCAAUAUGGUCAAGACAGCCACACUGAAGAAGCUGGUCUGCCUCAACACCAAGACUUGUCCAUACGUCUCCUUCCACGUGCCCAACCCUCACCAGGAUGGCGGGCGUGGUAUGGAGCGGCCAUCCACAGAGCUCUGAGCGGGUGGAGCAGCAGCUGGAGGGUGGGUUUUGUGUCUGUCAUCCCAGAAAGCUGAGUCCAGGGUUGAUAGUCUCAAAUGUUGGGUCUUGGGUUUGGCAUCAAGAGCAUCAAGGUCGACAUUUAGAACUUUGUGUCUCUCACCCAUUACCUGGAAUAUCGUGGUCUUGUUUGUUAUUCUAGAAUGCUGAAUUCCUGGUUGACCAUCUAGAAUGUUAGGAGGGAUUCUUCUUUGGCAUGCCAGAAUACUGGGUUCCUGGCUGACACCUAGAAUAUCAGAUUUCUGGUUGACUUGGAACAUAGGUAUUCUAAAAUGUGGAGCUCCUGAUGAAACCAUCUAGAAAGGUAGGGGAUUCUUAUUUUGCAUUCUAGAAUUCUGGGUGGCCUUCCAGAAAUUUGAUUUUCUGAUUGGCAGCUCAGAAUGUUGUACUCCUGGUACCUGAUCCAGGACGGUGGCUGGUAUGUCAGCUCAGUCUUGAUCUGAAUGCCUAAAAUGGUAAUUUGAUUCAUUUUCCUGUUCAGUGAGCUAUCCACAAAGCAGGAGAACCUAUGGUCUAACAAGAAUGCAUUGCCCACUUCUGUGCCUGCACCGAGGGGGCAAGAUGCCGGGUGUUCUUGGGACCCUGACUUAGACCCUGGUCCAAGGAGGUAGAGAGAACAGGUGGGCUUUUUCCAGGCCAUUGGUUGGAAGCCACCAGAGCUCUGUCGCCAUCUUUGUCUUGACUCAUGGCAGCUGUUUCACAUGAAGCUAAUAAAAUUCUUUUUCCAAACUG